UGAGGACUUCAUUAACUGCAGUUACUGAGAACUCACAAGACGAAGCUAAAAUCCCUCUUCGGAUCCACAGUCAACCGCCCUGAACACAUCCUGCAAAAAGCACAGAGAAAGGAGCGCCAUGGAUUACUACAGAAAAUACGCAGCUAUCAUUCUGGUCACAUUGUCGGUGUUUCUGCAUGUUCUCCAUUCCGCUCCUGAUGGAGUGCAGGAGACAGGGUUUCAUCAUAUUGCCCAGGCUGCUCUCGAACUCCUGAGCUCAAGCAAUCCACCCACUAAGGCCUCCCAAAGUGCUAGGAUUACAGACGUGAGCUACUAUUGCCCAGAAUGCCAGCUACAUGAAAAUCCAUUCUUCUCCCAGCCGGGUGCCCCAAUACUUCAGUGCAUGGGCUGCUGCUUCUCUAGAGCAUUCCCCACUCCACUAAGGUCGAAGAAGACGAUGUUGGUCGAAAAAAACGUCACCUCAGAGUCCACUUGCUGUGUAGCUAAAUCAUAUAACAUGGUCACGGUAAUGGGGAGUUUAAGAGUGGAGAACCACACGGCAUGCCACUGCAGUACUUGUUAUUUUCACAAAUCUUAAAUGUUUUGCCAAGUGCUGACUUGAUGACUGCUGAUUUUCUGGAAUGGAAAAUUAAGUUGUGUAGUGUUUAUGGCUUUGUGAGAUAAAACUCUCCUUUUCCUUACCAUACCACUUUGACACGCUUCAAGGAUAUACUGCAGCUUUAUUGCCUUCCUCCUUAUCCUACAGUACAAUCAGCAGUCUAGUUCUUUUCAUUUGGAAUGAAUACAGCAUUGAGCUUGUUCCACUGCCAAUAAAGCCUUUUAAAUCAUCA